UGUGACGCUGGGCAGCGUAAACAAAAUUUAGUUGCUAUCUUCGCGCACGGCGAACAUUAUCGGGUGGUGUUCCUCAAUUUUGACGUAGUACAAGUAACGUGAAGUCGAAAGUUACCAAAUACUCGGCCAUCAAUAUUUUCCAUUAACAAUGAACAAACGACAGGAAAUACCCAUGCGCCAUCUGUUUGAUGGUAGUGACCUGAACGUGUACGAUCGAAAGAUUGCAAAUUUGUCAGCUGGUGCACCAGGGCCGGAUUUGCUGGCUGAUUGCUGCGAGAUGUUUCGCGUUGCCACCGAACACAGAAUGAAAUAUGAACUGGAGAAUAAUUCAUACCUUUUUCAAUACGGACCAUCGAUUGGAACCACCGAAUUUCGCGAAACAUUAGCUGGAUUUCUGUCCAAAGGAUACCAAUCUGAAGUUAACAAGUCCGAUUUGGUUCUUACAUCCGGAGCAACGCACGGGUUGCAUCUGAUUCUCUCCACUUUGCUUGAUUUGUCUGGCUACAUAUUUGUCGAUGAGGUAACAUACAUGAUCGCCUUGGAAGUUUUCGGCCAGUUCAGUUCGAUGAAAGUUAUUCCAGUGCCGCUGAACACCGAUGGACCUAACAUUAAGAUUCUCACCUCCCUAAUCGAGCAAUUCAGAUUCGAACCAAAGGAUGGAAAAAUGUUUUGGGGAGUUUAUUAUACGAUUCCCACGUUUCACAACCCCACAGGUAUCUUAUUUUCGGAAGAGAUCAACAAACAACUGAUCAGUUUAGCCCGAUCCAGAGAAAUCCUCAUAGCAUGUGACGAUGUGUAUAAUCUUUUAUGUUACAAGAAUUCAGACCUGAAUCCAUCGGUGAAACAGUCACCGAAACGCUUGUUCGCUUACGACAUUGAGGACAUCGAUUGCGAUAACUGGAAGGGUAACAUUAUCUCCAAUGGAUCUUUUUCGAAGAUUCUUUCGCCGGGCAUUCGUCUAGGCUGGUUGGAGUGUCCCCCGCGUUGUGUAGCAGUUUUUCGAACAAGUGGGGUCUUGAAAAGCGGAGGAGCUGCCAACAACUACACCGCAGGAGUUGUUUCUAGCAUGAUUCAGCUGGGUCUAGCAGAGCGUCAUCUGCGAAAACUAUCCGAGAACUAUUCCGAACGAUUGGAGGCAGCGUGCGAGGUUUUGAAGGCGGAGCUUCCACGCGGUUGUACAUUUCUUCAACCAACCGGUGGCUACUUCAUAUGGAUUCGUUUUCCGGAUGGUAUUGAUUGUGAUGAUUUCAAUCAAUACAGUAUGAAGCAUUUCGGCGUUAUGGCCAUCGGCGGGAGUCGAUUUUCUCCGCUCAAACAGCAGUUGAAUUUUCUGAGAUUGACGUUUGCCUUCCACCAGCCGGAAUAUUUGCACAACAGUGUGAGCAAAAUGUGUGCGGCAAUGAAGGCUUACUUGAGUGAGAAGAGUCACCUUUGAAAAUGGUUUUUGGUCCGAACGACUAGUAUAAUUUGAUUGAUGUAUUACUUGAAAUGAAUCAGAAGUUCAUAGUUUGCAUGUUCGGCGAUGUACCGGAAUUAAAAUUAACUAAGGAAAUUAAUCUUUCCGACAAUGGUUUAAAAUGAUGUUCAUACUUUAAUGAUAUACAGUGAGGUUAAGUUGAAAUAAAUUUUCCAUUAUUACUUUCUA